AUGGCGCAAGAAGUUCCUCAUCGCUCAGGCCAGGACCUUGCGGGCAAUACUUUCUGGGAGAUGAAAGAUGCCCUCAACGCCGAACGAUGGCGUCGAAUGGUCCGCUAUACUAAGCGGACUCACAUGGGUGACGCUACAGUCAGCCCGCAGUGGCAUCAAUGGCUACGACAUACACGAGACGAGCCCCCUUCAAUACACGAGCAAGCUGCCGACAUCACCAGACAAUCUCAGUUGAAACAUAAUGCCGCUCUUGCUGAUGCUAGAUGGGCAGCGAAGGCGAGAUACAUCGAGAAACCACAGGCACCAACACCACAGAUUGGAGCUGGAUUGAAUCCGCUAGACUCUGGACGGGCGAGAGCAGCACAGGACCAACAGUCCACUGCAGAGAAGACGGCUAUUAAUCCUGGGAGCGACUAUCAACCAGACUCUUGGACUCCAGGUCCGACUGCGCGGUGA